GACAUAAUAUAUUGCACAUCCUUUUAAAUUCUGGCAGAUUAUCGGCCUACACAGAUUCGAUUUUUGGAAGUUUGGGCAAGUAUGCCAUGAACAUAUUGGUUAUAAUGAUGUUGCAUAAUUUGUAUUUGAAGAAGUCAGCCUACAUUACUUUUUUUGUCACUGCGUCAAAAUACCCUACAAAAACGUAGCAUGCUAAAACAGGCUGUUCUUGAAGUGCAAUGACUACGGCUACGCCCUGAAGACUGCAGAAGCACACGGCACAGACCGAUCCCUCUUCUAGUGAGUCAAGACGUAGGAACGAGGAAGUUGACUAGAGUGCAUACUAAAUACGGCAAGAAUAUCUGGCAAUAUCCCACAAGCAAGAUAUGGCAUCAGGUCCCCCACAAACAGAACACUCCAUCUCCUCGUCUUGUCCCAAUGCAGAGCUGAGGCUGGUUCUGCUCGGCGGGACAAGAGCAGGACAGAGUGCAGCUGGAAACGCCAUACUGGGCCGCCAGGCUUUCCUUACCCAGACUGCCAGUGAGCCAGCUGUCACUCAGGAAUGUGAGAAGCACAGAGGAACCAUAGCAGGGAGAUGGGUAUCAGUGGUAGUCGCCCAAGACUGGUUCUGCUCAGAGCGCCCCCCAGAGGAGGUGAGGCACCAUGUCUCCUCUUGUGUGGCCCUGUCGGCCCCGGGGCCUCAUGCCUUCCUGCUGUGUGUCCCUGUGGACCGGCCGGCCGACAUGGAGCUGCGGGCCCUGGAGGCCCUGGAGAAGGUUUUUGGCCCCACUGCAGUCAGUGGACACACCCUGGUCCUCUUCACCCACACAGACCAGAUGGUUCUGGGACAACAGCUGGACGAGUACAUCGCCACCAGACGCAAAGACCUACUGGAGCUGGUGGUAAUGUGUGGAGACCGCUAUCACUCUCUGGAGAGGAGGAGUAGAGGAGAGAAGGAUGAGAGGAAGAGUGUGGAAGAGCUGCUGGAGAAGGUUGAACAGACUGUAAAAGAGAGCGGGGUGGAGUUCUACAGCUGCCCCCUCUACCAGGAGGCUGAGGCCAGGGUGAGAGAGAAGCAGGCAGAGAUAGUGUGGCAGGGAAGAGGGGGAGAGGAGCUAAAUAAAGAGGUGCCCUCCUCAGCCUCACCUCCAGAGGAAGAGCUAGAUGAGGAAGAGAUGGCAAGAGUUAGGGAGGAGGCAGAGAGGAGUGUGCACAACCUGAACAUAGACACCGAGGGUAUUACCUCUCUUUCUCCUGCCUCCUCCUCUCCCUCAUUUCUCUCGUCCCUGUGGCAGGGGUUGACAGGGUGGCUGAGGAGGCUGCCCAAGAUGCUGAGGAUGGAGUCUCUGUUGGGGGCUUUCGUUGGCCUGUUUGUAGGUGGGCCCGUUGGGCGGAUGCUGGGGGCCACUGUGGGCUCAGUAGCCACUGAAGUGGGGAGAAGGAAGACACCGAAGACAGAGAAAAAUAAAUAAUGGCAAUGGGAUCCAUAUCUCCAGUUAUUAACCUUAAAGGGACAUUUCACAAUUCUUCAACUUCAUAUUCAUCAUCUCCAGCACCACCUCAACAUCAACAUAUGUGAAAAUGAUGCAUUUCUAUGUUUUGUAGUAAAACAUAUUGAGAAAGAUAAGUGUUUUCCAAUGAUGACGUCAACCAUUUGCUAUUUUUAAUAAUGCCUACUCACAAUUAGUCAUAAUCAUCUUCCUCUUUAUUUUUUACUACAAAACAUAGGAACGCACCAUUUUCACAUAUGUUGAUGUUGGGGUGGUGCUGGAAAUGGUGAAUAUAAAGUAGAACAAUUUUAGUUUCCCUUUGUCAUUUCACUGCACUUGUUUUAUUGAGCAUUAACACAAUUGGCUUGUAUUUGACCAACGUACAGUCCUCACAAUACUUGUUCUAAAAUUGGUUGUUUCACUGCUGGCAUGCCUAUUUUGACUGGUCAUAUUUUCUAAACCAGUUAUUAUAGAAGGUAUGGUAGGGUCUACUAAAGACUACAAAUAAAGGGGAAGUUACAUACAUGAUCCACUUGGUGGCGACGUUGACCAAAACAUUGACGUUAUACAUCAAAUAUGAUCAACUGAAAAUGAAUACCUUACUGCUAACUUAAGGAAAUAAAAAUACAAUCAUCUCUAA